AUGUCGACAUUGUUUGGACAGAACAGUACUUCAAGUGGAACUACUGGGAAUCUAUUCAACCAGCCCCUUUCUAGUAUAAGUAACCAAACAUCUAAUAACAACAUUAACAACAAUCAACCAGCAUGGUUUCAGAACCCUAAAAAAAGAACAAUCCCUAACCAUUUGGUACCAAAACGAAAGCCCGGGUUUCAGAUAUUGUCGUCUUCGGCAUCCAAGAAGGAUACAGAUGAUAAAAAAGAUGCAUUGCGAUCUAAUAAUUCCAGUCAGUUUAACUUAUUAUCAUUUGGAACUUCUCAAAGAAAAGCAUUAACUUCAAGUGGGACGAUAGAUCGAAAUAAUAGUGUUGGAAGCUUGUAUGAUACUAGUGUAGGAGAUAUAAGCAAGUAUGAGAAAACACUCAAUGAUACAUUAACUGAUGAUUUUCCUUUGUAUAAUAAUGAUGAUGAUUUACCACCGUCAAGAUCUAUCUAUGACUUAAAUGACGAAGUGCUAAUUUCUCUCAAUAAGCCAGCUAAUCAGCAUGCGGAUGCAUUUAUUAAUAAGGACCCUAAAAAUUUUAAUAACGUAUUUAAUAGAGAUGAUACGUUGAAUAAUAGUUCUGAGCAAAAGAAUGAAGAAAGCCUCAAAUCUAAUCCUUUGCAGAAUGGAGAGUCUGCAAUAUUAAUAUUUGGGUAUCCCGAAAGUAUGGCUAAUCAAGUUAUUUCUUAUUUUCAGGAGUUUGGAACGAUUUUGGAAGAAUUUGAAAUCACUAAACAAAAGAAUACAUUAUUAAAGCAUUAUCAAACUAAUAAAGGUUCCAAUAAACAACAUCAAGUUGUUCCUAUUCUAAGUGGAAAAUCAUGGGUAAAAAUUACUUUUGAUAAUCCAUCAUCAGCAAUUGAUGCGUUGCAAGAAAAUGGAUGCGUGUUUAAUGGUGUUUUGCUUGGAGUCAUACCAUUUAGUAAGGACGCUAUAGAAAAAUUACAGAAGAGAAAGUUAGAAAAAGGGGAAGAUAUCGGAGGUGGAAUUGAAUAUCAAUUAAACUCUUUUGAUAAGUCGAAGAAAGGCGAUAAUGGGACAACUGGAGAUUCUAAUGAUAUUCAAGGUUCGUAUAUUACUAGAUUAGAUAUUAGAGACGGUUCUGGCUUGUUUUUACAACCAAAUUCAACAGAUCCUACGAAGUCAGAAGCGGAUAAGAAGAAAGAAGAGAACUUAGGAUUUGUAGGUAAAGUUUUCAGAUACUUUUUUGGUUUCAACGAAUUAUAA